UUCUCUCCACAGCUCUCCAUGAAGGAGGUGGGUGACGGGCUGCACGAGCAGAUGAACUGCAUGAUGGGSGCUCUGCAGGAGCUGAAGCUGCUGCAGGUGCAGACGGCGCUGGAGCAGUUGGARAUCUCGGGGGAGCAGCGCCGUUCGUGCCGGGGCAGCGGGGCCGGGCMGGACACACACCCGGGGGUGGCACAGGGACACUGYCCCCCGUCCCUGGUGCCACAGACAGCAGCUUUGUCCCACCCCGCUGCGUUCCCAGAGAGUGACCACCGCGGGGACACCCCCUCCUCCUCCCRGAGCCUCUCUGGGGAGGGUUUUUAUCCCCCAAAAGGACCUUCCUCGGUGUCUGGCAGAGCAGAGCACGUCUGGCCCCAGUCACUCGAGUCCAGCAGCACGGCCGGGGGGUGGCCACCGUGUCACGAGUGCCCGGGCUGUGACGAUGGCCACGACUGGACAUCGUCCCUGAUGUCCCAGAGCAGGAACCGGCAGCCCCUGGUGCUGGGGGACAACAUCUUUGCAGACUUGGUGGGGAACUGGCUGGACCUGCCCGAGCUGGAGAAGAAGGGGGAGAAGAGYGAGGGCUCGCUGUCGGUCAGCAGGUCCCAGGAGCUCUGCAGGAAAUUCUCCCUCACAGCCAACAUCUUCAAGAAAUUCCUGCGCAGCGUCCGGCCCGACCGAGACCGGCUGCUCAAGGAGAAACCGUGCUGGCUGCCCCCUGAUGACAAACAGCCCGACAUUUCCAAGAGGUCCAAAAAGACGAACAAACUCAAGGGGACGUUCUACUUCCCKCUGCACGGGAACCAGCACAGCAAAGCAGAGAGGUGCCCCAGGGCAGAGAGCCGUGGGGAUCACCCCAGAACGGGCAGCAGGAAGGUGCCCGAUGCUGUGGGAUACAACCAGGGAGGGUUUGACAUCAACACGGCCGUGUGGGUGUGAGCCCAUCCCAUCCCAUCCCAUCCCAUCCCAUCCCAUCCCAUCCCAUCCCAUCC